AUGGCCACUUACCACCGACUUUUACGCGGCGGCGGAUCUCCGGCAAUUAGCAUCUCCGGUGUAAGACUCAGACUUACGGCUUUCGCUGCCACUAUUGCACUUUCCCUCUUCACUCUCUCGUUUCUCUUCACUUCCGAGUCUAGUUAUUCACCUGAUCUCCAUCUUCCCGUAAGUUCUCAAUCCCUAAAUCUCAUCCGAUACUCAAAUGGAGUGGGAUCCAUCAGAAGAUCGAUGUUGGAUAUCAAAUCGGAUCCACUCAAGCCACGGCUGAUCCAGAUCCGGAAACAAGCUGAUGACCACCGCUCACUAGCACUAGCCUACGCCUCUUACGCUCGGAAACUUAAACUCGAGAACUCGAAACUCGUACGAAUCUUCGCGGAUCUUUCGAGAAACUACACGGAUCUCAUCAACAAACCAACGUUCCGAGCUCUCUACGAUUCAGAUGGAUCUGCGAUCGAAGAAUCGACGCUAAGACAGUUCGAGAAAGAAGUUAAAGAACGGAUCAAAAUGACUCGCCAAGUGAUCGCUGAAGCUAAAGAAUCCUUCGAUAACCAGCUCAAGAUCCAGAAGCUUAAAGAUACGAUCUUCGCUGUGAACGAACAGUUAACGAACACUAAGAAGCAGGGAGCCUUCUCGAGUUUGAUCGCCGCGAAAUCGAUUCCCAAGGGGCUGCAUUGUCUUGCGAUGAGGUUGAUGGAAGAGAGGAUCGCUCAUCCGGAGAAGUACACUGAUGAAGGGAAAGCUAGAGCACCGGAGCUCGAGGAUCCGAGUCUUUACCAUUACGCUAUCUUUUCGGAUAACGUGAUCGCAGCUUCAGUGGUGGUGAAUUCUGCUGUGAAGAAUGUGAUAAGCUAG